GUUCGUGCUCUUGGUGGAAACUACACUUGUAUUGCUGUAAACGGUUGUGCAAGACAAUCAACUUCUGCAUUUAUUGACAUGCCUAGUUAUCGUUCUCUUAUUUCUAAUCUCAACUUUACCAAUUUGGUGAUGCACGGCAAGUAUACUUUUGUUAAUUUUAGAAACGUUUUUACACAGACGUCAACAUUUUCCAACGUCACUUCAUCAUUCUUUACAUUGAAGAAUGUCUCUACAGACGAAAUAAGAUUGGCUAAUGUUAGCUCAAGCCACAUGGACUUAGUCUACUUGUCUGCCGUAAACAUGAAAUUGUUCAACGUCAGUUCAACUUCUAUGAAUUUCACCAACGUGUCUGCUGUCAACAUGAGUUUGUUCAACGUCAGUUCAAGCAACAUGGACUUAGUCAAUCUGUCUGCAGUCAACAUGAAUUUGUUCAAUGUCAGUUCUAGGCACAUGGACUUAGUCAACUUGUCUGCGGUCAACAUGAACUUGUUCAAUGUCAGUUCUAGGUACUUGAACUUAGUCAACUUGUCUGCGGUCAACACGAAUUUGUUCAAUGUCAGCUCUAGGCACAUGGACUUAGUCAACUUGUCUGCGGUCAACAUGAAUUUGUUCAAUGUUAGUUCUAGGUACAUGAACUUAGUCAACUUGUCUGCGAUCAACAUGAAUUUGUUCAAUGUCAGUUCUAGGCACAUGGACUUAGUCAACUUGUCUGCGGUCAACAUGAAUUUGUUCAAUUUCAGUUCAUCUUUUAUGGAUAUUGCCAAGUUGUCUGCAGUCAAUAUGACUGUCAGCUUUCCUGCGUCCAGACACUUGUCAUUCAAGAAUGUCAAUAUCACGUCUCUUGUCAUUCUCAACAUGCGUCGGUUGUCAAUAAUAUCAUUCAUAAACAGCACUGUCAACAACCUUGAACUGGAAAAGAACGAAAUAAAACCAAUCAUCUCUACUGAUCCCAGCUCUCGUGUGAACAUUGGACCGUGAAUGUAUAUAAAGUGCAUUCAAAACUCUUGCUAAGCAUUUCAGGUAACUUGUGAAGAAGCAACUGUAGAAUUAUGUUCGAAAUGCAUA